UUUGUUACAAGCCAGAAGCCACACCCGUCAGCAUUCGCCACAGGCAAUCGUUUGUAAUUCUGUAUAUCGCAACAAAAACGAUUUUAUUAUUACACUUUUCAUUCAAUCAACAAAUGAUCGUAAAUUAAUAACUAAUUUUCAGAUAUACUCCGUUAAUGAUAAAUCUCAAUUUGAUUCUUAUUUCGAUAUUAUGUGAAUUUUAUAUUCAGUGUAAACGAAAUAUUGAAUUAAGAUUCAAUUUUAAUUUACUGUUACAAAUAAAUCUGUCAAGUAAAAACAUUUAAUAUCACGACAAAACAAUGUUUCAAAUGAAAUUGCUGGGUGCCUUAACUUUGUUUCAAUUGUACAUGUUUGUUUAUAAAGUUAAUGCCUUGGAAUGUUAUGUGUGUGACAACCAAGAGGACAACUCGGAAAAAUGUGUUAAGACAAUCAUGACAUGUGAAUACAAUCAAGAUGUAUGCCUUACUGAAAUAAAAUGGGGAAGCACCCCAUAUUGGUCACAAGGGGCGAAAAAACAAUAUUAUGUAUCAAAGAGAUGUUCUAAUAAAACAGAGUGUGUUAUGACUCGCCAACAUUAUAUGCCGCUGUGUACUCAUAUUUGGUACCAAGAUUGGACUUGUUCAGAUUGCUGUCAAGGGGAUAGAUGCAACUAUUUUAUUAUUAGUGGUCAGUCAUCAACAAAACCUGCCCUAGCAGUGUUUUUUGGAACAGUGGCUUUUGCCUGGAUUUUUCACAACUAUUUAUAGUUAAUGCAGGAAACUUUGUUUUGUUAACAUUCCUUAUAAAAUGAAUUAAUUAAGAUUUCAUGGUAUUCAUAAUAUUUAUAUUUGACAAGAAACAAUUUUUUUAUACAUUUUUAGAGUAUCAAAUAAGUUUAAAUUUGUUAUUCUGACAACCAAGGAAAAGUUCUAUGUCCUAUUAUUAUUAUUUUACACAUAUCUGAAAAAUAAGGAACCUAUCAAACUUGACUUAUCCUUGGGCCACACUAUUCUAUAACAUUAUUUUUAUUUUAUUAUUAUAGACUGUCUUUAAUCCGUCCAUUACAAGAUAUCUAAUAAUUAAUUAUACAUAUUUUUUAACAUUACUAGAUUAAGUUAUUGUUUUAUACAACUUUUUAAGGAAUAUAAAUCUUAUUUUUA